UUAGGUGUCCCCGACGGUGCCUGUCUGUAUAUCAGUGAGAGAAGAGAACACAGGAGAUAGCAUGCUUGCCUGACUGAUUUCUAGUUUUACUUUAUUUUUUUGUCAUUUAAGUUUAAAAGCUGAUAUCUGAUCUCUUUAGUCUAUUAUUUUAUAUUUAUAAACUAUAAUAUCUGACAGUCAUUUCUCGAAGCGAGAACCGACCAUAACAGACCAGGGUAGCUAAACUUAGAUAACCAGGGUUGGGUGACAAGCUUCUAAUUUUAAUUUCACAGCUUUUCCUGCUGUUUACAUCCACAAUUUAAGCUUUAACUGAAGAAUUAGUGACUGUAUAAUCGUCAACAUGCCUAAAGGAGGAAGAAAAGGUGGACAUAAAGGCAGAAUGAGAACAUACACAAGUCCAGAAGAAAUAGAUGCUCAAAUGAAAGCAGAAAAAGAAAGAAAGAAAAUUGAAGAAGAGGCAGAUGGAGCAACAGUGAAUGAUGACAACCAAACAGAGGACAAACCUGCUGGGUCAGGUUCAGAGGACAGUGAUGAGGAGGACUCUGAUAAAAAGAAGGGUGUGGAGGGUUUAAUAGAAAUAGAAAACCCCAAUCGUGUCGCUCAGAAGUCAAAGAAAGUUACAGAGAUUGAACUGGAGGGACCCAAGCAGCUCUCUAGAAGAGAAAGAGAAGAAAUUGAAAAGCAGAAGGCCAAGGAAAGAUACAUGAAGAUGCAUUUGGCAGGAAAGACAGAUAAGCCAAAGCAGAUCUUGCUCGGCUUGCUAUCAUUCGAAAACAGCGAGAGGAGGCAGCAAAGAAAAAAGAUGAGGAGAGGAAAGCAAAAGAAGCAGCAGCGGCAGCAGCUGCAGCAACAAAAGGACUUCAUACAUUGUCCCUAAAAUAAGACAGAGUUAAAGAAAUAUCAGAAACUGAACGGUUGUAUUGACCUUGUGGGACAGUACAGUACACAGAUAUAUUGACAUUACUAUUUUUGAAGACAGGUUUGAUUGUGUUGUUCUGCUUUGUAAGAAAUUACAAUGCAAAGUUCCACUGAAAAGGAAUUAUUUAUGCAGUUUGAAUGCUAACUUUUAAAGUAGGCAUUUGAUAGUCAGUCAGUGCUUAAGAUUGAUGCUCCAGCAGAGGUCGGGGGUGUUUUCACCAAAGUGGCUAAUUUACAAUGCCUAGAUACUUUUACUCUGAUACUACAUAUAUAUAUUUAUUAACCUAUUAAGUCAUGUAAAAGUGAGUUUUCUAUCUGCGCUCUCAAAGUAAAUUACUGUAAGAUGCAAAAUUAUGAUAAUCAGUUUUUUUUGCUGCAGGUGAACUGGAAUUAGAGAGAUGUCUGGGCGAUAUUAUUCUCUUCCUGCAAUGUAUUAGAAAAGAUAAGCAUCAGUGAAAGGUCAAGUUUCCUGCUUAUUAAGAGAUAUACGCUCAUUGUUGGAUCUCUCGUUCUGCUACUGUCUACUGUACUUGUUUGCUGUUGAAGCCCUUAAAGUCUUCAAAAAGGUUAAAAGGCUGUUCUUAAUAUGCAUAUACGCACCAAUCAACCAUAGCAUUUACACCACUUGUGUGUUUCUACAUUCACUGUCUAUUUUAUUGUCUCUAAUUAUCAUGUAGGAGCACUUUGUAGUUCUAUGAAUGGUCCAGACCCCACAGGACCACCACAAAGCAGCUAUUAUUAUUUGGGUUGUGGGUCGUUCUUCUCAGCACUGCAGUGACUGUACUGGCAUGGAGGUGGUUUAUGAGGUGUUAGUGUGUGUUAGGCUGGGAUGAGAGGAUUGCCAAGUCAAGUCAAGUCAAGUAGUUUUAUUGUCAAUACUGCAUAUGUACAGGACGUACGGAGGAUUGAAAUUAUGUUACUCUCCUUCCCAAAUUCUACAGCAAGUACAGAUAGUAGAUAUAAUAAAAAAAAUGGGAGACACUAUGUGUACAAUACAGCAGGGACACAAAUAGACAUACAUGAGACAGAAACAAUGUGCAGUAGUGGUGGGAGUGAAGUAAGAUAUGUAAAUAUCAAAGAGUGGGAGACAGGAAAUACUUCCUUUGUGGUGGUCCUGUGGGGUCCUUACCAUUGACGAACAUGGUGAGAGGAGGAUAAUAAUAAAAUAUGCAGAAAAACAGGACUACAGUCUGUAAUUACAGAACUACAAAAUGCUCCUAUAUGCUCAUUGAAGCUGAUAGAACGGACAAUAAAUAUAUUGAUAUGUUUCUAUGUGCAGACACUCAAGAACAUCAUGUAUACUGAUGCAAAGCUCUCUGUAAAUAACCUAAUGAUUCAUACACCACCUAACAAAAUCCUGACAUUAUCCAUGGGAUCAUUUAUGGACAGAUACACUGAGUAGGAAACCUGGAAGCAGAAGACCAUCUAACAAACAUGCUACAGCAACACAGAAAUAAUGCUAAACAUGAUGCAGAGUAAAGAGGUAUCCAUUGUAAAGCCUGUUUGCAUUUACUGACAUCAGCUCUUCUAAAUACAGCAAGUUAUGAAAUAAAAGAGUUGCAGGAAAA